AUGAACCCAUUUAACUGCAUUGGCAAGGUCGUAGAAGUCUCACCAACCCAAACCCAUGUUUCGCUCUCCUCCACCACACGCAAUCUUUUCAGCGAGGUUACGCCCUUUCUCGAUUUCCCGACCGAAGGACAGGGUUUGGAAGGACUCCGAGUUCAGGACGCAAACCCCACCCAGGGAACCGUGCCAUCCGAGGAUGAGACAUCACGUUUUACAUACGAGGAACAGUCCUCUGCCCAUGAUUCGCAGCUUUGGGACACGAGUCAAAGAAUGCCGUCCAGUAAUCCGGAGGAAGGUUUGAAGCACCUGUUACUCAAUAAUAAUACGUUGGUCAUCACAAGAAAGCUUGAAAUGCUGAGCAUAUUCAUGGGUUUUGAGCAGUCGAACCGGUAUACUAUUGCAAACGAAGCUGGUGAACCGCUUGGCUAUAUUGCUGAAGAGCCACGAGGUAUCCUGUCGAUGUUUGCCAGACAAAUCUUCCGCACGCAUCGUCCGUUUCGUGCUUUAGUCAUGGAUCUUCACGGGUCACCUAUUCUUUGGAUUCGCCGACCAUUCGCGUGGAUAAACUCACGCAUGUUCGUGCAACGGUUAAAAGACCUUCACGAGUAUACACCAGAAGGAGAACCCGUCCUAGACACAUUCGCAGAAGUCCAACAGGAAUGGCAUCUUUGGCGAAGACGAUACCAUCUCUUUCUUCGUGAUCAGCCCAGGCGCAUCCUUUCCACCACCUCCGAGCCCCAGCCUGAGCCUCCGACAGAUUCGUUCACCCAAUUCGCCAAGAUCGACGAGGGGCUCUGGGCGUGGCACUUCAACAUGCUCGAUGCGCGUGGGACACCCAUUGCAUCCGUCAACAGGGCGUUCCGCGGCUUUGGAAGAGAGAUUUUCACUGAUACAGGACAAUAUGUCGUGACUUUUGACGCCACGCGCCCAGACGGAUCUGAUUCCAAUCAGACGCCGCAGCAGCCCACAGUGAUUAGGAACCUCACUCUUGACGAGCGUGCGCUCGUGCUUGCGGCGGCAGUUAACAUCGACUAUGAUUAUUUCUCGAGACAUUCGGAGGGUCACGGAUUGGGGUUCCCGAUGUUGUGGAGCUCAGGGGAGUGAAGGUAUUGGGUCAUUUUAUCGCACUGCUUUAUGGCGCCGUUGGGACGCAGCAAUUAUAUUGAUGCAGAGAUAAUAUCAAUGUACCACAGCUAAUCACCUUCUGGUCUCCAACAACUUCAGAUCCUCCUGCUCGCGAGCACGCUGGCAUCAAAGGUACUGCAGUUGUUUUCUUGAUCGAUGGAUGCUAGACCAAAUCCCAGAAAAUCGUUGUGGUGGGCAGGUUUCGAACCUUUGAGACUGAC